AUGUUGCACUGUCAUACUCUCUCAUAUGCUGAAUACAAACUGUUGUGGGCACUGUUACCAAGCACACAAAGACAUACAACGUGCAAGUGAGUGACACAAAAGGAAAUUAUACCAUCCCUCUCAGGGAAAAUCGGGUAGACCAUGCUGAACUGGUGUGCAUGGAAAACCUGAACUACAGGGAAAUCAUUAGAAAAUACCAUCAUCUGAAAGGCACAGAUAUAGAAGACACUGACACAAAAAGCCUACUACUGCUUCAUGUUAAUCUAGGCAUGAGUGAUUAUGUGGAGAUCAAGACACAGUCUCUUUAA